GCGGCGUCAACACUGUCGCCCGUGUGUAAUGAUGAUGCUCAACAUGGGGCUACUAAGGUCUGCUCUCGUCAUCUCUUUCUUUUCUACUAUAUACACCAGAGAAUGGAACACCCACGAAUAUAUGAUAAGAGAACAUUCGUUGGUGAAACCCUAUCAAGGUUUGGGUACAUCUAUCCCAUAUUGGGAUUUUCUUGGAAGCACCAUGGUGACCAACAACUAUAUUAGACUAACGGCUGAUGCUCAGAGUUUACGUGGAGCAAUAUGGAACAAAGCGCCUUGCUAUCUACGGAACUGGGAGAUGCAAAUUCAUUUUAAGGUUCAUGGCCGUGGGAAGGAUUUGUUUGGAGAUGGAUUUGUUUUCUGGUAUGUGAAAGAACCCAUGCAGGAGGGUGAUGUGUUUGGUAGCAAGGACUUCUUCACUGGACUGGCAGUGGUCAUGGACACCUAUAGUAACCACAAUGGUCCACAUAAUCAUGGCCAUCCAUACAUCUCAGCUAUGGUCAACAAUGGCACUCUACACUACGACCACGACCGUGAUGGUACUCACACCCAGUUGUCGUCAGGCUGCGUUUCAAAAUUCAGAAAUUUGGAUCAUGAUACAUAUAUUUCCAUCCAGUAUGUCCACGACACACUAACAGUGAUGACUGACAUUGAAAAUAAGCAAGUAUUCAAGGAAUGUUUCUCAGUAGCCGGGGUAAAGCUGCCACUGGGUUAUUUUCUUGGAGUGUCUGCUGCUACCGGUGACCUCACAGAUGGACACGACAUCAUCUCACUUAAGAUGUAUGACCUAUCUACUCCUGAUGAUGACAUUCUUGAGGAUCGGAUCAACAUUAUGCCUUCUGCUUCUUUCUUUGAGCCUCCAAGAGAUCAUGUCGAAGACCCCAAACCAUCAUCCUUGACUACUUGGAAGAAGGUAGUACUUCUUGUCUUUGGUGUGAUUACCAUCUGUGGGUGUGUAUUCAUAGGUGGCUUGUUCUACACCAAGCAGAAGGAACAACAGCGCAAAAGGUUUUACUAAACCAGUUUUUACUUCUGUUGUUUAAGAAUUCUCUUUAAGUUUAAUGGAAACAUGAAGUAAAACACAGAGUCCUGCUUGUCUUUAA